GGGUGGCAGCGAAGGCCCGCCCCCAGCCGCGCUGCGCGUGCGCCGUGGGGUUGGAGGCUGGCCGCUGCGGCUGGUGGAGGUUGCGGUCGCCGUCGCCAUGGCUGGGAGCGAGGGCUUGGUGUCCGUGGAUUACGAGGUGUCGGGCAGAGUGCAGGGCGUCUUCUUUCGCAAGUACACCCAGAGCGAGGCCAAGCGGCUGGGGCUGGUUGGCUGGGUGCGGAACACGAGCCACGGCACCGUGCAGGGACAGGCCCAGGGCCCGGCCGCCAGGGUGCGGGAGCUGCAGGAGUGGCUGCGGAAGAUCGGGAGCCCCCAGUCCCGCAUCAGCCGGGCCGAGUUCACCAACGAGAAGGAGAUUGCGGCGCUGGAACACUCGGACUUCCAGAUCCGCAAGUAACCUCGUGCAGAAAGCAGCCAACCUGGGGCACGGGCUGCCCUCGCCGAACGUCCAUCCCCACCUCCCGGCCGCUCAGACAGCUGACACCCGGCUCUAGAGAACUGUAUUUCCUUACGUUUCUAACUUAUUGGUUUGUUGUACUGUUGUGUAGCACUAAAACACCCGCGUCGCUUUGACAGGUGGAGCGUGGCUCGGUGUGUCUGUACCGAUGGGGCUGCCCAGGGGCACAGCCUCCGCUCCCCGAAGGCCUGAGCUGUGGGCGGCAGUACUGAGUGCCGCAUGGCGUUGGUGCGACACCGCGCUCGUGCGGAGGAAACUGCAGAAUCGGCGCCAGCUGUAAAUACUGCUGAAAGUGAGAUUGUGGUGACCUACAUGUCUCCGAAGCAAUUUAUUUUGUUCUUUACUCGCGCAGAAGUUUAUUUUUAUUAGAAUAAAGGUACUUGGAGCUUGCUGGA